AUGAGAUCCCUAAUAAAAGCACAUCGGCGAAGUGACUCUUCCGCUUCCGAUAUUGCUUCUUCAACAGAUACAUUCACCAAACCGACAAACUCAAAGAGUACUCCAUUGUCUUCCCCUAUGAUGUUGCAGCACCCCACACAUUUAACUCCACCCCAUGGAAUCCCCAACAGUCUGCCUUCAUCAAUGAGCUCGCCAAAGAAACUCCUAACGCCGAUUAAACGCAUGUUUGGUCAUCAUUCCAAAUCCAAUACCAAUAUUGCCAGCGCCAACGAAUCAUUGAACUCAGUGGUAUUUGGAGAAUUCGUUCCACCACAGGGACGCAAAACGAUUGUUCGGAGCCCCAACUCGUUUCUGAAUCUCUCUGACGUGAGAAGCGAAAGCUAUUCAUCCACAGGAAUUCCCAGAUCAAGCGCUCCUACUACUGGAAAGCGAAAUUCAACUACUGACAUUAGUCCCCCAAAGUGGAUAUCGAUCAACAAUUUGUCUGACAGCUCUUUCGAGCUGCAAAAAAAGCCCCGAGAAAAGGGUAUGUGUAUUCUUGCUGAAAGUAUUGACGGGUCGAAGCUCGCAUCUACAGCUUCUAACAUCUCCAUUGCGAACUCCGAAAACAAUUUUGUCGCCAGACCAGUUUUGUCCCAAGACUUCUUGGCAGACCUUUCUACAAAAGGUGAAUCAGACUUCAAGGAUGAGAAUGGAUCAGAAAACUCUGAUGCCUCCUCUCAGUUUUCUUUUGUUAAAGACAUUCAUGGUGGUAGAAACACUUCUGUAAAGUAUUAUAAAACGAAAAAGUCAAAGGCGAAGGGCCACGACUUGGACAGAAAAAAUGUCUUCAAUGUUGAUGAUUUUGGAUACGAAGAGGGUGCCUUGUCCGACUACGAUUUCGAAAACAAUGGCAUUGAAUACGACGAACAAGAGGAGUAUGACUAUUUUGACGGAAAUGAUAAAUACGACGACUUCCUACAAGAUGAUCAAAUUGAGGUUGGCCUAGGCUUAUCAAACACUGAUCCUAAUUCUGCUGGCAGAGACCUUGAUUACUCCGUUGACCUUAAUCCAAUCGAGCUGGAUUUAUCUAUUCAUGCUGCCAGUCCUACAGAGAGCACUUACCAUUCCGAUCUUCUAGAUACUUACUUGGAUCCAGGUAAGCUGCCUCUGGCAGACAAUUUGUCUCAGAACCUUCUUUCGCUUCCAGCAUCAUCGGAUAAAACCUCCGCGACAUCUCCCCUAAUAAAUGGUGUAACAUUCGGCACUGAAAACAGGUUAAGAUCCACAAGGAAAAACACAAGAAACUCUUUAAAAAGCAAUUCAAGUAUCAUGCCUCAAACGACAAAGACGGAAGAUCUAGAAAGUGCGUCAGUUUUUCUGAGCGAAUCAAAAUCUGAAGGAAACUCUGCUACGAACAGACAGUCCAUUGCGAAUAUGAUGGAUUUGCUAAGUAAUCUUGAAAGUAAGGAAGAUGGAAACAAAAUUGCGGAGAUGAACGAGGUGUCAUUGCAAAGCUUUCAGAAGAUUCUCAAGAACAUUAAUGAGAAUGAACUGGCUGGAGAACGUAAUAGCUCAAUCAGAAAGCUGAUUAUCAAUAUGAUGGACACUUUGAGCCAUCUUGAGGAAUCAUCUGGGCUCAAGGACUCAUCUGGGCUCAAGGAAUCAUCUGGACUUAAAGAAUCUACUUCAGAGCCCUCAAAGUCGUCCAGAGCUUCAGUUAUUGACAUGAUGAAUAAUCUUGCCCUUCUAGAGACAUCCAUGGCAACAGCAAAUUUUCCCAGUGCUCCUAAGGAUAAGUCUACUGUACACGAUUCACAAAAAGAUCAUGUUACUGAACCGGAAAUUUCAGCGAACAUCAAGAAAUCAAGCAAUGGGAAAAGGUAUUCAUGGUUCUACAAUAGCGAGGGUAUUAGAGAGGAAGAUAAGAGUAAUUAUGCAUUCGAAGAAGAUCUUCUAGAUGAGGUAAACUUGCUCCCGGAGGAUGGAGACAUUGAAGAUUGUGAGAAAGACUCUAAUCAGUUGCCUGAAUUUUUCCGAUCAAAUUCCUACAACAAAAAACCACAAAAAGUAUUGAUGGAUAAUAGUCUUCAAAAAAAUAAGAUUGAAACACCAUUGAAAACUGUUACGUUUUAUCACAAAGGCAAUAGUAGCUCUUGUGAAUCGUCGAAAACGUGGAAUUUGAGUAGAGGUGCUUCAUUCAAGUCUACGACUUCUGCAACAUCGAUCACCGAGGAUGACUGUGCGGAAAAUAAUACCAUUGACCAAAAGAAAAGCUCUAUUGGUAUGCAUCUCAACACAAACCUAAACGAUAAUAGUAACGAAUCUAUCGGUUUUCGGUCUUUCAACCUUGAACCGAUCAGAGAGUUUAACAGCCCUAUUUUAUAA